AUGCAACCAGGGCAACAUCAAGAACCUAACUCGACGCCGGUCGACGACGUAAAUGCUCCAACGGUUGCUACCAUUCGCAACGAUGGCUUCGAUUCUGCUCCGCUGUCCACCAGGUCCUCGUUCUCGUAUAAUAACAGAACGGCCUCAACUCCUGCCACGGGCGCGCAGACCCCGGAUCCUCUCCUGGGACCCAAGCCUGUCAAUAACGAGGACCUGCUGAAAAAGCUACCGACAACGAUUACUCAGGCAGCUGAGAGUGGAGAUGAAUUUGAAUUAGAAGAGAGGAGAGGUCGAGCAGCAGCGGUUGAUGGGUUGCAUAACCGGCGACCAUCCGCCAUCCGUGGCCGUGAUAUGGCAGAUGAGUCGGCAUCGCCACCCCCAAAGCCAUCGCAAGGACGUCCUACCGAAAUACCAAGCUUUACAGCAGAGAUCGUUCUCGUCCUCGUCUGCUCGGCAGGUCUAAUGCUAUUUUCAUUCUUGCUUGGAAACAUGUUGGUGGUGCAGUUGCAGCUGAAGAAAGCUCUGGGAAUCGGAAAUACCUCGCUCCCAUGGCUCGUAGGGGCCUACGCUUGCUCCAACGGGGUGUCAGUUGUUGUAUCGGGCUCUCUACUGGAUUUGACCCCACCUCGGCGUGCGAUCGUGGGCGCAUUUGCAUGGCUUACUAUUUGGAACGUGGUCGGCGCCUUUUCCCUUGAUCCGUCACGAGAGGUUUUGUUUUUCAUUGUAAGAGCAAUGCAAGGACUGGCUAUUGGUGUUUUGGUUUCCGGCUCAAUGAGCGUUCUUGGACGCCUCUAUAGCCCUGGUAUACGCAAGAACCGUGUCUUUGCUGCUAUCAGCGCUACAGCGCCGUUAGGAUUCAGUUUGGGGGCCAUAGAAGGUGGUCUUCUCCACGGAAACCUUCCCUGGAUCUUCGGUGUGAAUGCCAUUAUCACUGGUUUGUGUGCUGUCGCUGCAUUCUUCUCGAUUCCUCCUCUCCGCCCAGUUGCCGACGUGGAAGGCGCAGAAGCACCCACUCUGCGCCAGUUCGAUUAUAUUGGAGCCCUGUUUGCCAUUGCUGGCUGCGUCUGUCUCCUGUUCGGUUUAACCCAAGGGUCAGUCACUAAAUGGUCGGUCUAUACGUGCGUGCUAGUGGCACUAGGCAUUGUUUUUCUUAUUUGUCUGUUCGUCGCGGAACGAUAUGUGGCGCGGCCAUUGAUUCCCAGUCGUCUGUGGCGGACGAAAGGCUUUACUCCCCUUAUGGUUGCCUACUUCUUAGGAUUCGGUUCAUUUUUCGGCGCAUGGCAGUUCUAUGCCAUUCAGUUUUGGUUGAGAAUUCAACAUGCGACUCCUAUUGCCGUGGCACUAUACCACAUCCCUAAUGCGAUUGUCGGCAUCAUCGCCACUUUCAUCGUCAGCCGCAUCCUGCAUCUGGUUCCCGGUCAUUAUAUUUAUAUAGUAUCCAUGUUUGCAUUCACCCUCGGACCGGCUUUCUUUCUUCCGCAAACUCCAAAUACGACUUACUGGGCCUUAUCUCUUCCCGGCGUAGCCCUUGUGACGUUCGGACCAGAUAUGGCUUUCGCCGCUGCCUCCAUCUUCAUCACGAGCAAUGUUCCUCGAUCCUAUCAAGGAAGUGCAGCCAGUCUAUUAGUCACAAACCAGAACCUCUCCUCGGCGAUUAUCACAAGCAUUGCCGACGCGAUUGGAACUAAAGUCGAUCCGAGUCCAGAUGGGGAUGUAGGCCUGACUGGACUUCGGGCCAUUUGGUGGUUUGCGUUGGCAUGCCAGUUACUAGCUGCGCUGGUAACUGUGGUCUGGGUGAGAAUUCCAAAGGAAGAGGAAAAGGAGCAUGUCACUUGA